UCUCACUCCAAGUCUUGUCCCAAGAUUUCAUCCAAAGUGUGUAAUUUCCACUGCCAAAUACCCCCUAAGAGUAUUCAACAAGAAAAGAACCUCCAUUUCUACCUUAUAGUAGAAAGAUAAAGCUAAAUUAAGCAGCAAGCAGUGAAUUCAAUCAACCAAAAACGAUGAGCGAAGCUCCCAAGCUGUAUGUUCAUAAACCCAAGAAAGCCCAGAUGAAGCAAUCAAAAGUUAUGGAAGCUCAACCAUCAUCAUCAACAGUAACACCUCCACCUUCUUCGUCAACGGGAAAUGGUUAUGUUGGAGCUUCUCAGCCUCCAGAGGUUCCAAAACAGCCAUUUUCGAGGCGAUAUAAGUUCUUGGUGCCUCUUGUUUUGACUGUCAAUCUUGCUGUCGGAGCUUAUCUGCUCAUGCGGACAAAGAAGAAAGAUAUAGUACUUGAGGAAGAAACAACUGAUGCGGCUCCCACUUCCACUUCCGUUCCCACUCCGUCACCAACUACUAGUGAUAUUGUCGAGAGCCUGCCUGUAACUCCACUUACACGAGUGCAAGAACCCAUCCCAGAGCAGCAACAAAGGGAACUUUUCAAGUGGAUGCUAGACGAGAAGAGGAAGAUCAACACCAAAGACCCUGAAGAGAAGAAGCGAAUCGAUGAAGAAAAAGCCAUCCUCAAGCAAUUUAUCCGAGCCAAAUCCAUCCCAAGCAUCUAAACCCUUGUAUACAUACAAACAGAUACCAAAAGUCUCGUUUUUCUUCACUCGCGUUUCUUUAUGGUGCACAAUAGAUUUACAAGUUUCAAUUAUUUUUACACACUGUACUUCUUUUGCAAAUUGCAAUUGAUGUGUGAAGGCGGAAGGAGAAACUUGUGGAUGUUACCACUUGUUCACCCUUUACAAGUUUACAACGAUUUGUGUUACGCGAAGGAGAUCCUCCUGUUAUUUUCGUCUUAUGAUUUGUGGCCUUAGAUCAUUGUGCCUGGGAAAGGUAUAUGGUAGGAAAAGAAAUUUUACAUUCUUGUUUAGACAAAGUUAUAUGAAUAUACUAUGAUGGCAUGUAGACUAGUGUUUAAAUCCAGUAGUAUGGGCCAAUUAGUCAAUCUCUAGAUAACUUGGUAAGUUGCCUCCUUGUGACUUAUAAACACUUACAUUUUGUAAAGCCAUGAAAGCCAUAUUUCAAACAACACUAAUUCUCUAUUGAGGUUGUCUCACCGUGAGAUAAAAUUUAAUUAGAUUAGUCCAAACUAUUAAAAAAAAACUGCUUCAUGUGCAUGUGGGAAUUCAUAUUUCAUUGUUUUUUUAAAUGUUUUUUUUACUAAUAUGCUUUUUGAACGGACCAGUUUUAUGAUGAGACAGUCUCAUACAAGGCUGGCUGAACAAACAAAAGUAAACCCUAUGGUGAAACAAGAUUGAAAAAGACUCAAGUUUUGUUAAUCCUAUGAGACACUAUAGUCCAUAGUCCAUACUACUUACUCGUGGUCCUAAAAUUUACUUUCCACCCAUGGAUCAAGUUGAGAACAACUCACAAU